AGCCGUUAAGUCUUCAAAUGGUUGUUGCUUGGUAUUGCAGCUUAUAAGAUUUGGCGUUUUCGAAGAAAUGGGUGAUAAGAAAGCGAUGAAAUGUCAUGUGGAAGUUGCUGUUUUGAAGAAGAAUGUCGACUUACAAAAGAUCCAGAGUUUUGUGGAGCGGUUUGUGACAUCGGGAGUAAAACUAAAGUCAAAUGCGAUAAUACAAAAACCCGACGGACUUGAGGACUGUGUGGAAUUUAUACAAUUCGAUGACAAUAUUAAGUACUUCAAAUCGCUCAAUGAAACGCAGUUAGUAUAUCAUUUCUACAAAAUCAAUGAAAGAGGAGCCGAGAUUGAAAUCCUUGAGCAGUCAGAUUCAAAUGAAAGCAAUGAUGAAGUUCCUGCAUCAAACCAUUGGCUUCUUCCAUCGCGUGAUUUUACAGGGCUUUGGGAGAGUUUAAUUUACGAAGAAGGCCUUAAGGAAAACAUAUUGAAAUACGUUGAGACAUCCUUACUGUUUUCACAACGUAAAGUUAAUCCCAACAUAAUCUCUUGUAACCGUAUUAUAUUGUUACACGGACCUCCAGGAACUGGCAAGACAAGUUUGUGCAAGGCGGUAGCACAAAAGUUAUCUAUCCGUAUGAGUCAAAACUUUAAAUAUACGCAUUUGGUGGAAAUUAACAGUCACAGUCUCUUCUCAAAAUGGUUCUCAGAGAGUGGGAAACUUGUAAUGAAACUAUUUUCAAGAAUUAGAGAAAUUGUAGAACAUCCGCAGUCAUUGGUGUGCGUUUUAAUUGAUGAAGUUGAAUCAAUCGCAUAUGCUAGGAGUUCGGUCUCAGGCGACGAACCUCGCGACGCCCUCCGAGUAGUAAAUGCAGUAUUAACUCAACUAGAUCAAAUUAGAAAAUAUCCAAAUGUAUUGAUUUUAACCACUUCAAAUCUAACAGCUACAAUCGAUUGCGCAUUUAUCGAUCGGGCUGACAUCAAAAUAUUUAUUGAUUUCCCUACAACAAGGGCAAUUUAUGAAAUAUACUUGAGUGCCAUCCACGAACUUAUGAGAGUACAAAUUAUUCAGAAUCAAUCUAUUCUUGUUUACGAUAGUUUAGAUAACUUUGAAAGAAUCGAUGACAUCAGUGACUGCACCGAGCAUGAAUUAAGUAUGAAAUUAUUGAAAAUAGCAGAACAAAGUAUCGGAUUAAGCGGUAGGACAUUACGUAAGAUACCAUUUCUAGCUCACUCCUUGCUAGUAGAAAACGAUGUAAUAGUAUUAAAUGACUUUUUGAAUGCGUUGAAACUUUCGUUGCAAAACCAUUUGAAAGAUACAAAAGCAUUAAGUACUGGAACGCAAGUUAAUGGGUAUUUAUGAUCAUGUUUUAGAUUCAAUCAAUUACUAUAUUUUACAAAUUUUUUUAUUGAUGAAAUAAAUAUAAAGCACAGGAAUGGUUUUA